GUGAUAUCUCAAAAAUGGAGUUUUUACUUCAGUUUCUUCUUGUUGUAUCUCUUCCCAUCCUAUCUCUACUCUAUCUUACAUUGUUUACCAAGAGCAAAUCAAUAUCCAGUCGCCUACCAGGCCCUCAUGGACUACCCUUCAUUGGAAACAUGCACCAAAUCGAUAACUCAAGCCUCCAUACUUCCCUAUGGAACCUCUCCAAAUCUUAUGGUCCUAUUGUAUUCCUAAGACUUGGUUUUGUCCCAGCCAUGGUUGUUUCAUCGGCAAAUCUCGCGAAAGAAAUCUUUAAAACCCAAGAUCAAUCUUUUUGUAGUAGGCCAUUAUUGCAUGGCUUACAAAAAGUAACUUACAAUGGCCUUGAUGUAGCUGCCUCACCAUACAACAAGAAUUGGAAAGAAAUGAGAAAGAUUUUUACUGUUUACUUGUUCAGCCCAAAAAGGUUACUAUCUUCUAGGCAUAUUCGUGAAGAUGAGGUGUCGCGUGCCAUGAACAAAAUACGUAGGCUAGCAAGUUCUUCUAAGCAUGUAAACAUAAGUGAAAUAACUCACACCGUGAUGAGUACUAUCGUCACGAGAAUGGGUUUUGGUAAAAGAUAUGAAGAUGGAAAUGAGAGCAAGGAAAUUCUUCGGAUGCUUGAUGAAGUUCAGGCAACGGUAACAAACUACAUUUUUUCGGAUAUUUGGCCUGGUUUGCCAUUUGUACGUUUGGUUGACAGGUUGAUGGGGAAAUUUCGUCGUUUGGAUAAAAUCUUCCGAGAAUUGGAUUCAUUUUACAAUGAACUAAUUGAUGAACACCUAGACCCUCGGAACCAAAAAUCUAAAGAGGAAGACCAAGAUCUUAUUGACAUUUUAAUUCAGCUAAAGAAAGAUCAAGUUUUGCAUCCCUUUGAACUCACUAAUGAUCACAUAAAAGCCAUGCUCACGGAUAUAUUAGUAGCCGGGACAGAUAAUAGUGCAGCUACAAUGGUUUGGGCGAUGACAGGCCUAGUGAAGAAUCCUAGAGUGAUGAAAAAGGCACAAGAAGAAGUGAGGAACGUGGUUGGAAAGAAAGGGGUAGUAGAUGAAGAUGAUCUCCCAAAACUCGCCUAUCUGAAGGCAGUAGUGAAAGAGGGCAUGAGAUUAUUCCCUGCAGCUCCACUUCUCUUAGCUCGAGAAACAAUUAAAGACACCAUCAUACAAGGCUACAAAGUUAAGAAGAAGACUCUAGUUUAUGUGAACGCAUUAGCCGUUGGAAGAGACCCUGCAUCUUGGGAGAAUCCAGAGGAGUUCUUACCAGAAAGGUUUCUGAGUAAUGAUAUCGGCUAUAAAGGAGGUGAUUUUGAGCUGAUUCCAUUUGGGGGUGGUCGAAGAAUCUGUCCUGGAAUCACAAUGGGAGUUACGGAGGUGGAGCUUUUGCUUGCUAAUCUUGUUUAUAUGUGGGAUUGGGCGUUGCCAGAUGGUAUAAACAAGGAAGACAUAGACUCUAGUGUUAUGCCUGGAUUCACUCUAAACAACAAGAACGACCUUUGUCUUUUAGCCCAAGCUUACACGUAAAGGACUACUAUAUUAUCUAAAGCUCGAUCGUUGAAUAACUGAUCAACCAUAUAUAUGCAUCUUCAUAUAUAUCAUCAUAUAUCAAUAAACUAUGAUCCAGCAUGCAAAAAUUACUAGUUUAAUCCCAUAAUCCCGCACUUAGUUGUUAAAAAAACGAAACUCUCAUUAGAAUAGUAUCCGUUAUCUAAAUUAAUUGUAUGAACAAAAUUUUUAUUUA